AUGAGAGAGAAAACAAGAGUUAAAUCUCUAUUUACUUGGGUUCCCUUUACAAGUGUUGCUGCUUCUAGUGAGAUGCAAGGUACUUCACUUGAAGAUUUAAGCAUGAUUACAUUUGAGCCUUAAACAAGAACUUGGGAAUGUGCAAGAUAUUGUAAAUUCCCGCAAGAAAUAGUCAUCAGACUAAAUUACCGUAGUGAAAUAGCUCACUUGAUAUUAAUGGCUAAGGAGGAUAGAUUUAUUCCAGAGGUAGAAAUUCAUAUAGGAGAUGGAGUUAGUGGCAGCUUUUUAGAUGUGGAAUACAGAUUGGCUGGUAAAGGAGAGAAUAUCUCAACUGCACCAAGACAACUCAAUAUUUUAGGUAUUGGAACAUUUAUCAAGAUAGUAUUCAUGAAAGGUCCACCUUAAACAAAUAAGAAUCCUUGUGGGCAAGUCGGCUUAGCAUUAUUGAAAGUCUGGGGAUAACCGUUAGGUUAUUAUAAAGGUGUAGUCAAUGAAGCCACUCCAUUAAGAGCUGGAAGAGAAGAAGUUGAUAAACUCUUGAUUGAAAUGGGAUUACCUAUUGACAAUGUCAACUGGAGUUAUGUAGAUGAAUAGAGCUAUACUUAUGCGCCUGUUGAUGAUGAUACUAGGCAGACUCUUAUUGAUAUGGAGAAGAAGAGAGAUCAAGCAUUUAAAGUUCAAGAUUAUGAAAUGCUAAAGACUUUGGUUAAAGACCUUAAAAUUGUCUUUGAUGUAAUUUAUUAAAGUGACUUUAUUAGAUAGGAAAUGACAUCUUAAAACUCAAGAGGGAACUCGAAUUAGCAGUUGGAAGAGAAGAGUUUGAAAGUGCAAUUGAUAUCAGGGUAAGCAAUAUUUGAUAUGUAAAAUUACUACUAGAAUAAACUAAGAAGAUUAGAAAUGUAAAGAGAUCAAUAUGAUGCUCUGUAUGAAACUUCAAGGUAUGAAGAUAUGAUUGUAAUGGCAAGGCCUUCAACAGCCUAGUUAAGAGCAGCACAGCUAGCUGAAGAAGAGGAUAGAAGAAGACGAGAGUUUUUGAGAAGACAAAAGGAACUCGAGGAUGAAGAGGCUAGAAGGAGAAGAAUGUCUGAAUUAGAUGAAGCUGAAAGGUUGAGGCGAAUGAGGGAGGAAGAGGAGGAAAGACGAAGAAAAGCUAUCGAGGAUGCAUCAAGAAGAAAAGAUAAUGCAGAGAGAAGAAAAAGUAAAGUCAAGGAAAACUUUACUAAUUAGAAAUCAAAAGAGACAGAUGUCAAUAUCAAAGGCGAUCCAUUGGAAUCUAAUGAUGGUGAUAUUGAUCUUGAACCUUAUCUCAAUCCUUUAUUGAGUCAAGCAGGAGGCAAAUAUGAAAAACUAGGAAUAGAAGCUCUAAGAAGAGCCUUAUCAGAUGGUACUUUGCUUGUUUGUGGAGUAAAAUUGUGGACAGCACUGCACUCUGACAAUUGGAGACACAGAGAAGCUUCAGUAAAAGCCUUUUUAGAAUACAUCUAGGCUCCACUCAAGAAGAAAUAUAUUGGAAAAACGAAAAGGUUAUUUUUAGCUUGCUGCGAUGUUGCAACUAUUGCUUGCAGGGAUAAACUACUCCAGAUCUAUUUCAUAGGCCUUUAAAUACUGCAGACUGCUAUGGCUCCUCCGAUUUGUGGAGAUGAUAUUCCUCAUAAGAUUAUCAAUAAUGCUGUCAAGCCCUUCAUAUAGUUACUCAUAGAUAAAAUCUCAGAAUUAAACUACAGAGCAAGAGAUGUCUCAUUACAUGCUUUGAUGUCUCUUUUUAGACAUCCUGCAGUUGAUAUCAGACAACUUAUUGAAGGCAUUAUGGAUAUUACUGAAAAAGGACCUACUCCUGAUAAGAUUCAAUGGCGUAUAGUACUAGCCAGACUAGAAAUUCUUCUUCAUGUUGUUCAAGAGUUUGGAAUCAAUAAUAAAGCUUGGGAUUGGAGAGUUGUCUUCUAAAAGUUAGUUGGUCCUUCAUUCUUUAAUUAAAAUCCAGACGUGAGAUUAAUUGCAAUUGAAGUUUCACUAGAAAUGUACAAAUCGUGUGGAGGAGAGCUAAAGAGAAUGAUAUAAGAGCUAGAUGGACUAAAGCCAAAUCUAUUACAGACCAUUACUAAGAGAAUGCAAGAAAUUGAUGAAACAAGAGGGACUAAGUAUGUACUGGGAGGUGCAUAAGGGGAGAAAGGUAAUCCAGAUGGCAAUAAUGGACUAGAACAAGUUGCUGAAACUCAUGAGUGGAGUGAGCAAUCCCCAACAAACGCAAAUAAUAAAAAUAAAAAUCCUUCCUUUGAGGAGAAUAAAGCUGAGUGA